UUAAUUCGAUUUUAUGAGGAACUGAAAUAUAUAUGUUUGCGACCGUCGCUAUAAAUGGUAUGCGGAAAUUUCUGACUGACAAUCUCGGUAUGCAUACAAGGUUCACCUCGGGUGGGAUGCUUCAUAUCUUUCAAGUACAAGCGCGAAGUUAAAAAAAUGGUGAAAACAAGUUUGUUUCUUCUUUUACUUUUACCAUGGAUACAGAUCUCAAAAGGUCUACAGUGUCCCUCAUGUACAUAUCUAACAUCUGACGCUGAUAUACCAGUCGUGGUUAGAACAGUGGUAGAUGGGAUAUUGAACUUAUUCCAGGACCCGGAAUGUGCCCAGGAACUUAAAGGACCGAUACCAGAGAUUAAUGAAGAAACAUGUACAGAGGUGACAGAAAAACAUUCAAGAUGUAGUUACUAUAAAGGAUCAGUGACACUGACAAUACCUCUGCCUAUAGUUCCCGAUGUCAAUAUAUCACUUCAGAUGUAUCAAAAGGGGUGCUACUAUUCAAAGCUGACAAAUGUACCAUCAGAUGGCUGCCAUGACAGAGAAAAUAUCAGUGAAGAUAAAACUGUCAUAAAACAAAAUCUGGAAAAAGCCUCUUCAACAUUUAAGGGUUAUAACCUGGCUAAUUUGCUGGAGAAAUGUGUCUGUGCUCAGAAACAUUCUGUAGAAACAUACAACAAGAACGACAACAAGACCACAGUCUAAACCUUCCACAAGACCACAGCCUAAACCUUCAACAAGACCACAGUCUAAACCUUCAACAUAAACACUUUCUACACUGUCAACGAGACCAUUGUCCAAACCUUCAACAAUAACGAUGUCUAAAUCUUCAUCAGCACCAGUUGUUCAACGUUCAAGAGGAACGAUGUCUGAAUUUUCUACAGGAAUAACAUCUAAACCUUCAACAAGAUCGAGUGGUUCAACAACAAAUAUAGCAUCAACAUAUUCCACUUCAUUACCUGGAAAUUGCUCUGGUGAACAGGUGUUUAGUGCAACCUUGUGGUCUAUUGUAUUGCUAUCUUUAUUCUUUUCCUGUAUCAUUUAAAUCUUUAGGCAUUAAAACAUAUCGUAAUAAUCUUAAGAAAAUGUGGGUCCUACAGGGUUAACAAGGUUAUCCUAUUCACCUAGUUUUACAUCCCGUAUGACCCAGUUACAAAAUUGAUCUCAAUCUUGUUAAUACAAAUAUUCGGACAGGUUUCAUGUAUAUCAGGUACAACAGCGACCUCCUAAGAGUUGGUAGGUUUUAAGCUCACCUCAGCAAAAAGCAAAAUGCUUAUGGUGAGCUUUUGUGACUGCUCAAUGUCCGUCGUGCGUCGUCCGUCCAUCAUUUUCUAAAAAUUUCUUAAAAAUCUUUUUCUUGAAAACCACUGGGCAGAGUUACACCAAACUUCACAGGAAUGAUCCUCAUGUGGCCCCCUUUCAAAAUUGUUAAAAAAAUGAAUUCUACACAGAACUCUGGUUGCCAUGGCAACCAAAAGGAAAAACUUUAAAAAAAUCUUCCUGUCCAAAACCACAAGGUGUAGAGCCUUGAUAUUUGGCAUGUGACAUUAUCUAAUGGUCCUCUACGAAAAUGUUCAAGGUAUGUCCCUGGGGUGAAAAGAGGCCCCACCAUAGGGAUCCCAAGUUUUACAUAGACUUAUAUAGGAAAAAACUUUUAAAAUCUUCUUGUCCAAAACUGCAAGGCAUAGAGCCUUGAUAUUUGGCACAUGACAUCAUCUUACGGUCCUCUAUAAAAAUUGUUUAGAUUAUGCCCCUGGGGUGGAAAGAGACCCCACCUAGGGGGUCCCAAGUUUUACAUACACUUAUAUAGGAAAUAACUUUAAAAAUCUUCUUGUCUGAAACCACAAAACCAAUGCCUUUGAUAUUUAAUAUGUAGCAAUGCCUUGUGGUCCUUUACCAAGACUGUUCAAACUGUUACCCUGGGGUUAAAAGAGGCCCCGCCCCAGGAAUCCCAAGUUUUACACAGACAUAUAGAAAAAACUUUAAAAAUCUUCUUGCCUGAAACUUUUGAUACUUGGUUUGUUGCAUUGCCUAUUGGUUCUCUGCCAAAAGUGUUCAAAUUAUUUCUCUGGGGUGAAAGAGGCCCCACCCAGGGGGUCCCAAGUUUUACAUAGGAAAUUUUUUUUAAAUCUUCUUGUCUGAAAGUUUAAGUCCUAGGCCUUUGAUAUUUGGUAUGUAGCAUUGCCUAGUGGAUAUCUAACAAGAUUGUUCAAAUUAUGCCCCUGUGGUGAAAAGAGGCUCCACCCCGGGGGUCAUUUGUUAUAUGAUUUAUAUAAGAAAAAAUACUUCAAAAAUCAGAUCAUAUUUCCUAGACUUUUCAAUUAUAAUUACCUGAUGACCCCAAGUGAUAAGGGUCACUUAACUAUGACCUUGACCUACUGACUUACUUUCUUGUUUUUUAAGAUACAGCCUUAAAAUUUGGAUGAAAUGUACAGUUUUGCACAUCAGUCUUAAAACUGACUUUCAGUAGCCAUAAAUGUGACCUACUGACCUACUUUAUUAAUAUUUUAGCAUCAAUCUGGCUUUUGAAACAUGUAGCUCAUAUUACUCAGGUGAGCCAGGGUCAUCAUAACCCUCUUGUUUCUAUGAUCUGACAAAAUGAUUUAAUAAAAAAAAAACCAACUUUGUCAGAUUACAUAAAAAUCAGGCAGAGAAUGUAACCCAAGAGAGUAAACAAACUUUUUCUAUAAUCAAGUUGUUUGACCAGCAGUUUCAGAUUUCAUCAAGACAAACAUACUGAAUUUCCUUCUUAAAGGUAUAAAGGUGGUCUCUAAAGUGUUAAAAGGUUUCUUAAUUAUUUGACCUAGUGACCUAGUUUCUGACCCCUGAUGACCAAUUUCACACUCGUCUGAGAUUUCAUUACAUGUAUGGUAAAUAUUCUGACUAAGUUUCAUUAUGAUUGGGUCAAAAUUGACCUUAAAGUGUGAAAAUUAAAUUGUUGACGAUGGACCAAAAACAAUAUGCUCAAUGUGUAUAAAGUUGCAGAAGCAGUUUGA